AUGACUCAAAUCUUCAAAGGAAAUCUCGGCAGAGAUCCUGUGAGAGAAGCCAGAGCGGAAGACGAUCGGUCUUAUUUGGCACGACUUACGGACAAGCUGGAAGAUCUGGUUGAUGAAUCAAACUGGCUUCACUGGGCAUACAAAGCAGUUGCCUACUCAUAUCUUGCGUUCAUCCUAUGGUUGAUCACAUUCAUUCUCCCAAUUCAGUCAAACUGGAGCACACCUCAGCAAUCCGACAGGGUUCCUGUUGUCUAUCAAAGUCUUGAAAAGUGCGUCUGUUCCGAGCCAGAGUUUGUUGAGGAACUGCGACUGACCUCUGGUAGCUACUUUGGCCAUUUCCGCGGCUUCUCAAAGUGCAACAUUCGCGCCACCGAUUUAUACACACCUCCUGCCCAUCGAUCUCUGACCGAAGAUGGCUCUAGCUCGUAUUGCCAUAACCGCAAGUCGCUUCUCAAAGCCAUGUCCAACGGCGGCCGUAUUGGCUUUGAAGCACCUUACACUUCAAGAGAUUGUCAUUAUCGAUGGUACUCCGUCGCCGAAAUAUGCAUGAUCUUGGACCGCUUUGGUAGCAUAGUCUUUGUUGGUGAUCACAACCUCCACACAAUCUACAGUGGAUUCAACAUACUACUGCGUCAAGAUCUAAGCACUGGUGCACUCAACAGCCGGGACUUGCAUUCAACACCUGAUGACCUCCAGCGACGAAAUCUCCAGAAGUACGGGCGGCGACAGCAACACAAAGAGCCACUAUGCCUGCAACCGCACACCGCACAGUUUUCUGUCUCUCGAAUCAGCCCCGGCUUCAUCAGAGACCCUGAAAGCGUUCAGAGACAAGAUCCCUCUGGUCCCAAAUCCAACUACAAGCCAGUUCCGAUCAUCUACUCGAUAUCACCCAGCACGACCUCGCAGGAGUCCGCGGCCAGCACACUCCUCGACCUACUCAAAGCGGCCGAGAGCUCACGACGCAAGACCCCAAUGCUCUGGAUCGGACCGUCCGCCGCGGGCCAUCUCGAAAUCAAGCAUCGGAAGGGCAACCAAGAGAUCUGGGAUUUCGACAAACACAUGGAACUGGCCGCUCAGGCCAGAGACAUCGACGUCCUGAAGCUGUGGAACAUGACCGUCCAGGCCGACAGCUGGGACGGCAUGCGCUUCGGAGAGAAGGUUGCCAUCACCCAAGCCAUGAUGCUCGUCAACUGGCUCAGUCGACUCGAAUCUAGCUGA